GUCGAUUAGCUUUUCUACUCCAUUAAAAGGGACUAUAUUGUUGAUCGAGGCGAGUACAAAGAUAAACCCUGGCUAUAUAAGUCAGUGAAGACUGCUCUCCAGGAUAUCAUCCCUCUCACCACAGCACCCGACGCUCUUUACUCCACACUCUUUAUCCCACACUCUUUUGCAAUCUCAAAGAUGACACCACCCAAAGCAAUCGCUCUCAGUCUGCUUCUCCUGAGCUCCUGGGCAUCGGCGUCCGCCAUACCCGUCCAAGCUCGUGCUGCGGCAUCUUCCUCUGCCGUAGCUUCGGCCUCAUCGGCCCAAGCAACUUGCGGAUGGACAUACUUCCUGAACGUCGACAACACUACCACCGACGAUGACGACGCCGACGACGGGGAGGAUGAUUCGACCACUACCACCAGCAAGCGCGACGAGCACGAGCUGCACCAGCUCGCCCGUCGAGGCCGCACCACCAACAGCUACAACAACGGCAAGUGCGCUCUAGGGACGAAGAUCUUCAAGCCGCAAUACCCCGGGCCCGCGAGUCUGGAGUCGAUGCAGGGAAGCGCAUUCCUCGGAUACUACAUCCCCAAGCUGGACCAGUGCCCGGCCGGGGCGGUCACCUACGAUGUGAUCUCCGAUAGUUCCGUGCUUACGGAUACUGUUGCGGCGUACUGGGACUCGGCCAAUGCGGGCACAGGCCAGAAGUACAUCGCUCUUGGGGCCAAGGUCUCACCCACCGAUUCGUACAUCAACGUUGACCAUGUUUACGAGUUGAAGAUUGUCGACAGCUUCUUUUCGGCCAUGAUUGCCAAGUACAACUUCUGUAACAGCUUCAAGACUUUCUUCCUCACCCAGGACACAGAACACCCGACGGCGAAUGGAGUCAAGAGCCGACUCCAGCGGCUAUACGGCAUGCUGCCCAGUAACACCUAUCUGGACUUCGUCGCCAUGGACAACCAGCUGAACAGCAUGAAGGCACCCAUGUUCGACGAGAACCUCAGCGGCAUGCAGAGUCCGAAGGGCUCGACGAGCGAAGAGGAAGCCAACAACGCCCUCUCCAUCAUCAACACCAUGGCCACGGUGAUCUCGCUGCUCCGCGACAACAAGAUCGCCGAGGUCUUCAAGACGACGAACAAGCGCAUCUACGAGGCCUUCCUAGGAAUUGACCAGCUCACCACGGGAUGCAACGAUCCGAUCCCCGGCAAGGGCUGGGCCGACUCUUACUCGAGCUGGAUGGAGGAGUUCCUCUCGACGCAGGCGACCUCGGUCUCCUCGCGGCUUGCCUCCAUCUCGGGCCAGGUGACCCCCACCACCGACGCGUCCGGCCAGAAGAAUGCCCUUGGACAGGGUCUGGAUGCCUUCAACGCCAAGUACCCUGCCGCCUCGUGGACCUGGGAUGCCAAGCAGCUGCUGGACUUUUCGGCGCCCAGUGCCAUUGCGUUUGCUAAGCGUGGUGCUGAGAGCAGCGUCGCUGCCUGCACGCCUACCGCUUCGGUUUCUGCUUCGUCCAGUGUGGCGGUGGUUACGACCCAUGCUGGAUCCUCGGCUGUUGCGACGGCCUCACACACGAGCAAUAUCGUGACCUCCAAGGCGACCACGCACACCCCAGAGAGCGAGAUCUCGAAGACCGUGCAUGCCUCAACGACAGUGAAGUCGGAGACCUCCAAGCCGGUGACUACCCAGACAAUCGAGACACCAGUCACCACCAAGCACUCCACCACCACCACCACCGAGGUUGCCCCCAGCUCGUCAGUCACCACCACUUCGACCACCUCGUCGUCGCAUACUUCGUCCUCGACUACCUCAUCCUCGACUUCGACUACAUCGUCCACCUCAGCUACUUCUUCCACGACUUCUUCCGCCCCGUCCAGUACCACAACCACCACGACCAGUUCGACCACUUCCACUACUUUGUCCACCACCACGACUACUUUGUCUACCACCACCACGACUACCACUACCUCCAGCAAGACUACCACCACCACUACCAAAACCACGACUAUCACCGCCGCCGCGACCACCAAGGCGACCACGUGCAAGACGGCGUCCCAGUGCCCCAAAUGUGGUCUUUUCUCGAAGGGCAAGUGCAGCGGAGGUGUGUGCAAAUGCUAGCCGGAUCUAAGGGAUUUUCGACCCGAUGAAGGGAGACUGCUAAUUAAGACGGAUGAACCCACCCCAUUACAUUCUUGUGGACAUAAAUAGGUAGACUUUCAUGCCUG